CCGCGCCCCUGCCGCCUGGCGCCCCGCCCGCGCCUCCGGACGGCGGGGCCGCGCGGCGCAUCCCGCGGGCGGCGGCGGCCGGGCGCAAGAUGAUGAAGUUUCGGUUCCGGCGUCAGGGCGCCGACCCGCAGCGCGAGAAGCUCAAGCAGGAACUGUUCGCCUUCAACAAGACAGUGGAGCAUGGCUUCCCCAACCAGCCCAGCGCCCUGGCCUUUGACCCCGAGCUCCGCAUCAUGGCCAUCGGCACCAGGUCGGGGGCUGUCAAGAUCUAUGGUGCCCCAGGUGUGGAGCUGACAGGCCUGCACCGCGAUCCAGCCACCGUCACCCAGAUGCACUUCCUGCCCGGCCAGGGCCGCCUCCUGACCCUGCUGGACGACAGCAGCCUGCACCUCUGGGAGAUCACCCACCAGCAUGGCUGUGCCCGCUUGGAGGAAGUGCUCAGCUUCCAGCCGCCCAGCCGGGCUGGCUUCGACAGUGCCAGCCCUCUGCCUAACCUCACCCGCAUCACCGUGGUCCUGCUGGUGGCUGCCAGUGACACUGCAGCCUUGGGCACCGAGGGCGGCAGUGUCUUCUUCCUCGAUGUCCCCACCCUGACGCUGGUUGAGGGGCAGACGGUUGGUCCAGAUGAUACUCUGCGCAGUGUGCCCGACGACUACCGCUGUGGAAAGACACUGGGCCCCGUGGAGUCACUGCAGGCCCACCCUGGGGACCCCACCAAGAUCCUCAUCGGCUACAGCCGGGGCCUACUGAUCGUCUGGGACCAGGCGGCACGAGGCGUAGACCACAUCUUCCUAGGGAACCAGCAACUGGAAAGUGUGUGCUGGGGCCGUGGCGGCAGCACCAUCGUCAGCUCCCACAGCGACGGCAGCUAUGCAUUCUGGACCAUGGAUGCUGGCGGCCCCCUGAGCCUGCAGCCCACGGUGGCCAGCACGCCUUAUGGCCCUUUCCCCUGCAAGGCCAUCAGCAAGAUCCUGUGGCGGAGCUGUGCGUCCGGGGGCCACUUCACCAUCUUCAGCGGUGGCAUGCCCCGGGCCAGCUACGGCGACCGCCACUGUGUGAGUGUGCUGCGGGCCGAGACGCUGGUGACACUGGACUUCACCUCCCGCGUCAUCGACUUCUUCACGGUGCACAGCACGAGCCCUGAGGAUGAAUUUGACGAGCCCCAGGCCCUGGCUGUGCUGCUGGAGGAGGAGCUGGUGGUGCUAGACCUGCAGACGCCUGGGUGGCCGGCCGUGCCUGCCCCCUAUCUGGCUCCGUUACACUCAUCCGCCGUCACCUGCUCAGCUCACGUGGCCAGUGUCCCUGCCAAACUGUGGGCCCGCCUCGUGAGCGCCGGCGAGCAGCAAAGCCCCCAGCCUGCCUCUGGCGCUCUGAGCUGGCCCAUCACCGGGGGUCGGAACCUGGCCCAGGAGCCAUCCCAGCGUGGGCUGCUGCUGACUGGCCAUGAGGACGGCACCGUGCGCUUCUGGGAUGCCUCUGGGGUGGCCCUGCGGCCACUGUACAAGCUGAGCACUGCCGGCCUAUUCCAGACUGACUGCGAGCACGCUGACAGCCUGGCCCAGGCUCCCGAGGAUGACUGGCCACCCUUCCGCAAGGUGGGCUGCUUUGACCCCUACAGUGAUGACCCACGGCUCGGUGUGCAGAAGGUGGCACUCUGCAAGUACACAGGCCAGAUGGUGGUGGCUGGCACCGCAGGCCAGGUACUGGUGCUGGAGCUGAGCGACACACCCUCGGAGCAGGCGGUCAGCGUGGCCAGUGUGGACCUGCUUCAGGACCGGGAGGGCUUCACAUGGAAGGGGCACGGACAGCUGAGCCCGCACGUGGGGCCUCUGCCCUGGCCGGCUGGUUUCCAGCCACGCGUGCUGGUACAGUGCCUGCCCCCAGCCGCCGUCACCGCUGUCACACUGCACACGGAGUGGAAGCUCGUGGCCUUUGGCACCAGCCACGGCUUCGGCCUCUUUGACUACCAGCGCAAGAGUCCUGUGUUGGCCAGGUGUACCCUGCACCCCAAUGACUCCCUGGCCAUGGAGGGGCCGCUGUCACGCGUGAAGUCGCUUAAGAAGUCGCUGCGCCAGUCUUUCCGGCGCAUCCGCAAAAGCCGUGUGUCGGGCAAGAAGCGGGCUGCUAAUGCCAACAGCAAGCUGCAGGAAGCCAAUGCGCAGCUGGCGGAGCAGGCCUGCCCGCACGACGUGGAGAUGACACCCGUGCAGCGCCGCAUUGAACCCCGCUCAGCUGACGACUCCCUCUCGGGUGUGGUGCGCUGCCUGUACUUCGCUGACACCUUCCUCCGAGAUGCAGGUCAUCACGGGCCCACCAUGUGGGCCGGCACCAACUCGGGCUCCGUGUUUGCCUACGCGCUAGAGGUGCCAGCGGCCUGCGUGGGCAGCGAGCAGCGGCCUGAGCGAGCAGUGGAGGCUGUGCUGGGCAAGGAGGUGCAGCUGAUGCAUCGGGCACCCGUGGUGGCCAUCGCCGUGUUGGACGGCCGUGGCCGCCCACUGCCUGAGCCCUACGAGGCCUCUCGGGACCUGGCGCAGGCGCCGGACAUGCAGGGGGGACACGCUGUGCUCAUCGCUUCUGAGGAGCAGUUCAAGGUGUUCACACUGCCCAAGGUGAGCGCCAAGACCAAGUUCAAAUUGACGGCCCACGAGGGCUGUCGCGUGCGCAAGGUGGCCCUGGCCACGUUUGCCAGCGUGGCCUGUGAGGACUAUGUGGAGACCUGCUUGGCCUGCCUCACCAACCUGGGGGACGUGCAUGUCUUCUCCGUGCCUGGCCUGCGGCCGCAGGUGCACUACCCCUGCAUCCGGAAGGAGGACAUCAGCGGCAUUGCCUCCUGUGUCUUCACACGCCAUGGCCAGGGCUUCUACCUGAUCUCGCCGUCUGAGUUCGAGCGCUUCUCGCUGAGCGCCCGCAACAUCACAGAACCGCUGUGUUCCCUGGACAUCCGCUGCCCCCGGGACCCGCUCCAGGCCAGGCUCCCAGAGUCCCCCAAGUUGAGCCAGGCCAAUGGAACCCCAGGCAUCAUCCUGGCCACCCCAAGUUGUGAAGGAAGCCCUGAUCUUGCCUACAACCAGGGCCUCACCUCUUCCUUCCCAGAGCCCUCCGAGGCCAUGUUGUCACCUGCGUCCGCGGGCUCGGCCACCAGCGCUGACACGACACUGGACACGACAGGCGAUGUGACGGUGGAGGAUGUGAAGGAGUUCCUGGGCUUUUCUGAGGAAUCGGAGAAGAACCUGAGGACCCUGUCAGAGGACGAGGCCCGGGCCUGCAGUACCCUGAUCAAGUGAGGCGUCACGGGCCCUCCCUGCUCCAUGGCGUCGCCCUGUCCUUGGCCUCCAUGGAGAACGGCUCCCAGGGUGACUUCCUAGUUAGGGGUUAGGAAAGCAGCGGUCAGCCUGGUGCAGCACACCUGAGGUCACUGAGCUGUAGGCCUGCUGGGAGUCUGGCUGGGCCCUGCCUGCUCCAGUGGGCAUCACGGCCUGGGGGUCCCCGGGUGCCCGGUCUCUCUGCCCUGGGC